AUGCCUCCUUCCCGCGGAAGCUCGAGGCGGCAAGUCAUCUAUAUCAUAGCGGCGGCAGUGCUCCUCGGAAUUACCUUUAUAUCCUUCUUCCAACGCAUGCCCAAGGCGCCGGAUCUCAAAGACCUUCGAGAGGCACUGCCUGACCCUGGAUUCUCCGGGGCCGAUGCCACCAUUACGGGACCAGGAGGUGCGAUUGCGCCGAAGUUGGGUAAUGAGACUGCAAAGGCAGAGCUAGGACGGGCGACAUGGAAGUACUUCCACACAGUGAUGGCACGCUUCCCGGAUAAGCCCACAAGAGAGGAGAGCACGGCGCUGAAGAGCUUCAUAUACCUGUUUCAGAGGCUAUAUCCCUGCGGCGAAUGCGCGGAUCACUUUGGCGAGCUGCUGAAGAAGUACCCCCCGCAGGUCUCGUCGAGAUCGGCGGCAGCUGUAUGGGCUUGUGAUAUGCACAACAAGGUCAACAAGAGGCUGGGAAAGGAGAUAUUUGAUUGCGCAACGAUCGGAGACUUCUACGACUGUGGUUGCGCGGAGGAUGAGGAUACUGCAAGGGCGGCUUCUGAUGCGAAGAAUGCCAUGGCGAAGCCUGAGAUGAGUAGCGAGAGGAGGGAGAAGUUGACGCAGAAUGGACGGGACUUCGAUACUGAUCUGCUGGUGGCAGAUUGA